UGACACUUGAAAUAUGGGAAGAAGACACCCCGCGUCCACGCAGCAGAGUGAAGAGUUUUUGUCCCGGAGGAUGACACCACCUGGACCACACCUGGACACCACGAGGACGAGUCCCUGCCGCUUGUAGAGACAGUCCAAACCGGAUCGGAACUACACGUCAGUCCGGCUGCUUAAGGUCGUCGACCCCGGUCCCUAAACAACAAGAAGUAGGAGAAGACUUGUUUUGUGGACUAUGACGUCAGAGAAGACCAAAAUGGAGGACGAGGCGGUCCUGGACCGAGGGGCGUCCUUUGUCAAGCACAUCUGCGAUGAAGAGGAAGUGGAAGGUCACCACACGGUCUACAUUGGCGUUCAUGUGCCCAAGAGCUACCACCGUAGGAGACGCCACAGACGCAAGUCCAGCCACAAGGAGAGGCGGGAGCGCCCCGAGCACGGUGCCGAGGACUACAAGUUGGACGGCGAGAGCGUGGAUGAGACCACCACCAGCAUCCUCAAACCCUUGAUUUCCCCGGCCGAGAGGAUCAGGUUCAUCCUCGGCGAGGAAGAUGACGGCCCCCCUCCUCCUCAGCUCUUCACCGAGCUGGACGAGCUACUGUCGGUUGACGGGCAGGAGAUGGAGUGGAAGGAGACGGCCAGGUGGAUCAAGUUUGAAGAGAAGGUGGAGAAGGGCGGCGAACGCUGGAGCAAACCCCACGUGGCCACGCUGUCCCUGCACAGCCUGAUGGAACUGAAGACCUGCAUCGAGCAGGGCACCAUCAUGCUGGACCUGGAGGCCUCCACGCUGCCGCAGGUCGUCGAGAUGGUGACGGACAGCCAGAUCGAGAGCGGCCAGCUGAAGGCGGAGCUGAAGGAGAAGGUCAUGUACACGUUGCUUCGCAAACAUCGCCACCAGACCAAGAAGUCCAACCUGCGCUCGCUGGCUGAUAUCGGGAAGAGCGUCUCCAGUGCGAGCAGGCUCUUCUCCAGCCAGGAGAAUGGUAUUCCCAAAACCUUCUUCACACAAACUCACCUUUAUUUUGCCUACUUCUUCUUUCCACUAACUUCCUUCUUUCAUGCUUACUUCCUUCCUUCUUCCUGCUUCUCUUUUUGGGCGGGCGUCAUAGCACGAAACCUCACUGAGCACCCGGUGCCUUGCAUAUCCCCACAAGACCCCCCAGAAGACCCCUGUGAGGUCCUGAGGAGCUCCAGCAUGGGAUACCUCUGUAGUCCCACCACGGCCCACCGGAACCUCACCUCCAACAGCCUGGGCGACUUCUCUGACAAACCGGAGAAGGAUCAGCUCAAGAACAAGUUCAUGAAGAAGCUGCCCCGCGAUGCCGAGGCGUCCAACGUCCUGGUCGGCGAGGUGGACUUCCUGGAGACCCCCUUUGUGGCGUUUGUUCGCCUGCAGCAUGCCGUCAUGCUGGGAGCGCUCACCGAGGUCCCGGUGCCCACCAGGUUCCUCUUUGUGUUGCUGGGUCCUAAAGGGAAAGCAAAGUCCUACCAUGAGAUUGGAAGAGCCAUCGCCACCCUCAUGUCUGAUGAGGUGUUCCACGAUAUCGCCUACAAAGCCAAGCACAGGCAGGACCUGCUGGCCGGUAUCGAGGAGUUCCUGGACGAGGUCAUCGUCCUGCCGCCCGGCGAGUGGGACCCUGACAUCAGGAUAGAGCCCCCCAAGUCGCUGCCUUCCUCGGAUAAGAGGAAGAACCAGUAUGCCGGCUUGGAGGCCCCGCAGAUGAACGGCGACGCCCCCCAUGAUGCGGGUCACCCUGGGGGAGGAGGUCACCAGAUCGGCGAGGAGCUCCAGUGCACCAGAAGGUUCUGCGGCGGUCUCAUCCUGGACGUCAAACGCAAGCUGCCGUUCUUUGCCAGCGACUUCUACGACGCGCUACACAUCCAGUCGCUGUCCGCCAUCUUGUUCAUCUACCUAGGCACCGUCACCAACGCCAUCACCUUUGGCGGCCUGCUGGGCGAUGCCACGGACAACAUGCAGGGCGUGUUGGAGAGCUUCCUGGGCACGGCCCUGACCGGGGCGGUCUUCUGUUUGCUGGCGGGGCAGCCCCUCACCAUCCUCAGUAGCACGGGCCCGGUUCUGGUCUUUGAGAGGCUCCUCUUCAACUUUAGCAAGGACAACGGCUUCGACUACCUGGAGUUCCGGCUGUGGAUCGGCCUGUGGUCGGGCGCCUUCUGCUUGGUCCUGGUGGCGACAGACGCCAGCUUCCUGGUGCAGUACUUCACCCGCUUCACCGAAGAGGGCUUCUCGGCGCUCAUCAGCUUCAUCUUCAUCUACGAUGCCUUCAAGAAGAUGAUCAAGCUGGCGCACCACCACCCCAUCAACUCGCACUACGACGGCGACCUCAUCACGCAGUACGACUGCCGCUGCGAGCCCGGUAACUCCUCGGACCUCUUUGCUGCUGCCGCCUGGACAAACAGUUCUGAUCUGUCUGAGAACGCCACCUGGGCAUCGCUGAGUCGUCCGCAGUGUCUGAAGUACGGGGGUAGCCUGGUGGGCGAGGCGUGCGGCUAUGUGCCUGACAUCACCCUCAUGUCCUUCAUCUUGUUCUUCGGCACCUACACCUGCUCCAUGGCGCUCAAGAAGUUCAAGACCAGCCGCUUCUUCCCCACCAAAGUGAGGAAGCUCAUUAGUGACUUUGCCAUCAUCUUGGCCAUCCUCCUCUUCUGUGGCGUGGACGCUCUGGUGGGCGUGGACACCCCCAAGCUCAUAGUGCCAAGUGAAUUCAAGCCAACCAGUCCAACCAGGUCCUGGUUCGUUCGUCCCUUUGGGGGAAACCCGUGGUGGGUGUACCUGGCCGCCGCCCUCCCCGCCCUGCUGGUCACCAUUCUGAUAUUCAUGGAUCAGCAGAUCACGGCGGUCAUCGUCAACAGGAAGGAGCACAAACUCAAGAAAGGGGCGGGGUACCACUUGGACCUGUUCUGGGUGGCCGUCCUUAUGAUGGUGUGCUCCUUCAUGGGCCUGCCGUGGUACGUGGCCGCCACUGUCAUUUCCAUCGCUCACAUCGACUCCCUCAAGAUGGAGACAGAGACCUCGGCACCCGGAGAGCAGCCCAAAUUCCUGGGCGUCAGGGAACAAAGAGUGACGGGAAUCAUCGUUUUCAUCCUCACUGGACUUUCCGUGUUAAUGGCCCCUGUCCUCAAGUUCAUUCCCAUGCCCGUGCUAUAUGGCGUCUUCCUCUACAUGGGCGUGGCCUCCCUCAAUGGCGUCCAGUUCAUGGAUCGCCUGCAGCUCCUCCUGAUGCCCGCCAAGCACCAGCCGGACCUCAUCUACCUGCGCCACGUCCCCCAGAGACGCAUCCACCUCUUCACCUUCAUCCAGGGCGUGUGUCUGGCUCUCCUGUGGGUGCUCAAGUCCACCGUGGCCGCCAUUGUCUUCCCCGUCAUGAUUCUGGCUCUGGUGGCCGUCCGUAAGGCCAUGGACUACGUCUUCUCCCAGCACGACCUCAGCUACCUGGACGACGUCAUCCCAGAGAAGGACAAAAAGAAGAAGGAAGACGAGAAGAAGAAGAAGCACAAGAAGAAGGGGAGCAUCGACUCGGAGAACGACUUUUCCGACUAUCCCUACCAUGAAAAUAUCCCCACUAUAAAAAUCUCUAUGGAAAUGAUGGAGCAGGAGCCCAUGUUGGCUGGAAAAUCUUUAAAUAGAGAUGAAUCGCAGACUUUCCUUAACGCCCAUUCACCGUGCUAAGCGCUGCUUGGAGUCGUCCACCGUGGCAGAGUACCCUUGAGAGAGGUUCAUACACCAAAGGUUCCCCUCAGAUCCGAAUCGACGGCGACGCUGAGGACAACUGCUUCUUCUGGAAGAAAACCUCCGAAACUGACCUGUGAAAGAUGGAAGAGCAACUUAUUAUUGUCAUUUUUUAUGUUUAUUUUAUAAAAAAAAUGUCCUUAGAGGUAUUUUUAAGUAUUCCUUUCAAAUCACAAUGGCUGGAACUGUUUUUUUUUUAUUGUUCUGAUGAUGAUGAAGCCUCAAAUGAUUUGUUAAUAUUGGUAAUGCAGGUAUAGAUUAAAAUGAAUAGAUAAUCAUCAUUUAGCAUUGAUCUGGUUAGGAUAAGAUAGUAUGGAUGCUUUUAAGAAAGCUCUCAUGCUGUUUGUGUGUGUGUGUGUGUGUGUAUAUAUAUAUAUAUAUAUAUAUAUAUAUAUAUAUAUACAUAUAUAUUUCUUCCCCUCUAAACAAGGCGAUCAACCCAUUUUUUUAAACUCCAAAUUGUAUUUUAUCCUUUUUUGCGUUUUAAUCCUUAUUUAUUUUGUUGCUAAUUAUGUCUUCUUAAAUGUAGACCUCCUCUUUUGUGGUCUCCAAGGGACCUUCAUGUGUCAUUAUUAUUUUCAUUAUUAUUAUUAAUAAUAAGAGAAAUAAUAAUUUCUGUAGUUCUACCUCUUAUUUCUCUGUAGGUGCCAGACGUUUAUAUAUGUAACUACAUCAGAUGUGCAAUUAUAUUUCGGAUCAAAAUGCAAUAAUUUGUUUAAAAUUCUUUAAAGAUUUUUAUUUUUGAAAUUUAUUUUCAUUUAUGAUUUUAAAAUAGGGGUGCACAAUAAUUCUAGGGCCGCGAUGAGGGGAAUUAUAACAUAAUAACGAUAAAAAUAGCUCUGAGAACUGAUCAUUUAAAGGUCACCUGUACUGAGCGGGUGAGCGAAUCAAGUGCUCCUUUUUCUCCUGCCUGUCGUAACUUCCCCUGAGGGGGAAUAAAAAAUCUUAUCUGCCACCUGAAACACCAGCGCUGCGCCGUUUGAAGUGCAAUUUGUACAAAAGGUUUCCCAGAGACACCGUGGCAUCACACUGGCUGCUCGGCGCAUGUGCCCGAAUACAGUGCACCUUGCUGGGUCACAGCAAGUCUCUCCCUCCCCCUCUAUACUCUGCUUCUCCGAUAGUAGUCAUGUCAUGACACCAUGUCACCUCCAGGCAUGCACAAAUUAUACUUAAAUCUACCGUACGUUUGAAAAAAGCAGACAUAAGAAAUGUAUCAGUCCUGAGAAGAAAAUCAAAGGUAUCUGUUUAAGAAAAAAAUAUUGCGCAUCUCUAUCAUUUUGUUUUUACUAUUUAAUUACAUUUCCGGUGAAAAAUCAAGUGACAUAAUAAUGAUCAGUUCGUGUAGUGAAGCUUUCUUUUCUAGUCUGGUAAUCCUUUCAAAUGUGAUCAUAUUUAAAAAGCUGUUGUUUUUUUUAAACGUUCUCUAUAAGAUGUCUUCCAAUGCUACUAUACCAAAUCAUCAUAUUUCACAUGGACAGUAUUUGCAAACGCUCAUCCUAGGAAAUCCACAAUCUAUGCAAACAAGGCCGGAGGAUACUUGUUGAAGUAUUUGCUGUAAGUUGUGUUUGUGGCCACGUGAAUGUGACCUGCAAGAAUGCAGUAGAAAUACGAUUGGACGCACUAAGCUGCUUUUAAAGCACAACAAAAAGUCUUCAAUGUAGCUGUGUAAUUUCUUUAUGUUGACCGGUCACUCAGUGACCAUGUCAUAUUUUUUGAAGUGUAGCCUGACACUUAUUUUGUACAUGAUGCACCUUAUGGACUUAAUAAUCAUUAAAAAAAAGACUGCAAAAGAAACAUGAUUUAUGAUUUCUUUUUGUCAGAUUGGGGCUUUUCACCCCAGAAGUAUAGAGCCAAGCUAGCAUGAUUAAUAAUGUCCAAAAGGGCCAUCUGCAGCCCACAGCUUUUCUAACCAGAAUA